GUCGCGCGCUUCGCCCACUCGGCGGCGGCGCCCCUCUCGCGGGCCUCACAGCUCACGGAACUCGGGAACGGCGUUCGGGUCGUGAGCGAGGACUUGGGCGGCCAAACCGUCACAAUCGGCGUUUCCAUUGACUGCGGAUCGCGUUAUGAAAGCGAAGACACGGCCGGCGUCUCCUCAUUGGUCGUCCACUCACUGCUCAGCCAAUCGGAUGAGAAGGCGCUGAACGCCAUGGGGGCGGAGCUAAAGGCGCGCGUCGGUCGCGACCGACUCUUUCUCGCGCUCCGGUGUCUGUCGCGUGACGUCACGAAAGGGAUCGAGAUUUUGGGCCAAUUGGUGGCGAAUCCCGACUUCGCGAACGUCGAGAGCGCGCGCGACCGCGCCUUCCGAGAGAUGGCUUCUGUGGACGCGAAUCCAGAAGCAGUCGUUAUGAACGGAUUGCACGCAAUGGCCUUUCAGAACACGGGACUCGCGCUCCCACCUGUCGGCCGCUCCGAGUCGUUGGCGCGUCUGUCGCGCAAAGACUGCGAGAAUUACGUGAAUCUGCACUUCAAAGGACCGCGCGUUGUGGUGGCCGUCGCCGGGGAUGUGGACCACGACCUCUGCGUCAAAACAGUGGACAAGAGUUUGGCGAAAGUGAACGCCUUUUACGACAAAUCGGAAAUCCCGGCGCUCUCCAGAAGUCGUUACACGGGAUCCGAUCUGCGCGUGCGCGACGACGCCAUGCCUUUGGCGCACAUCGCGAUCGCAGUGGAGGGCGCGCCACGUGACUCGUCCGACUCGCUCGCCCUCUCGCUGGCGGCCACACUGUUCGGUCGGUGGGACCCGUCGUUCGGCGGCGGCGCAGACUCUUCCUCUUAUAUGGGAUUGUGUUCUGCGGCCGACGCUCUGACGCAAGGCUUCCGCGCGUUCAACAUCUCGUUCGCCGACAGCGGACUCUUCGGCGCGUAUUUCGCGACCGAACGCCUCAAACAGGAAGACCUCUUAUGGCACGCGACGUACGAGUGGAAGCGCUUCUGCACUGAACUCACGGACAACGAGUUGCGGCGCGCGAAGAACGCGUUCUUCACUCAACUCCUGCGUCGCGAGGAGACCUCGGAGGGCGUGGCCGACGUGGCCGGCGAACACGUGUUGGCGUUCGGCCGCCGCGUGCCGCUGGACGAGUGGCGGGAGCGCGUGUUGGGGCUUUCGGCGGCGCGCGUGCGCGACGUGUGCAAUGAGCACGUGUGGGACAGGUGUCCAGUGGUGUCGGCGUUCGGACCAAUCGAACAGUUGGAGGACUACGAGAUCGUGCGCUCGAAGUUCUAUUGGUUUAGAUAUUAAUUAGGAAUCAAUUCUGUCUUUAUUUCAAUGUAUUUAUGAGUCAAUAAAAGUCUUUAUCCGUGCAAUCAA